GCCACCUGCGCAGCCACCUGUCGGGCACUAGGUACCUUAUCGUGCUGGACGACACGAGUGACCUCACGGACUGGAACCAGAUUAAAGUCGCGCUGCCGGACGAAGGCAACGGGAGCCGAAUCCUCGUGACCACACAGAACGCCGAUCUAGUGGGCGCUCUGCGUGCUUUGCCCCAUCACGUGCUUAGGGAUCCGUUCCUGGACGACGACGCCAGCUGGCAGCUGCUCCGCCGGGCAGUGUUCGGUGCCAGCUGUCACGACUGCCCUUACGAGCUCGAGAGGGCAGGGAGGAUGAUCGCGAGCGGCUGUGAGGGGCUUCCGCUUGCAAUCCUCCACGUCGGGAAGCUCCUGCGUGGUGAAGAAAAAACGGCCGAGAGAUGGCGGGCGCUUGAAGAAAGCGACAGCUUGUUCGACAACAAGGGCCUCUCGGCCGCUCUGAGUCCGAGUUACCUGAAUCUGCCUACACAUCUCAAAAAUUGCUUUCUGUAUAUGGGACUAAUCCCGAAAGGUACAGAGAUUCGCACGUCUAAACUCGUCCAAGCCUGGAUUGCUGAGGGAUUCGUUGAAAAAGAGAGGUCGAGUUCCCGCAGCCUGGAGGCAACUGCCGAUUUCUAUCUGAACGAGCUUGUUGCCAAGAGCCUCGUGUUGGUUCGGGACCGGAGAUCUGUUGGUGGGGCCAAGACUUGCCGUGUUCAUGUUGUCUAUCGGUGUUUUUGCGUUGCUGUUGCCCGUGACGACGAGUUUUGCCACGUGAUAAGCAAGUUGCACGCCAAUAGCUUCCCUCGGGGCAUCCGCCGCCAGCCGAGGCUCUGCUUCCACAACAACAUUAUACUCGGCUUCAAGCAAGUUCGCGCGGUGUUGGAAUCAGUGGUUUCGUCCAAAUGCUCUCUUCUCUGCUACGGUCCACGUCAUCAGUACCCGGUAGAGGCUGAUUUCCGGCCUUUUAAGCUGCUUCGUGUGCUGGAUUCGCUUGCUCUUCGUUUUUACGAGUUCCCGGACCAACUGCUCUGUCUCGUCCGGCUGAGGUACCUUGCCAUCACGUAUGACGGCGAGAUUCCAAAGUCGAUUUCCAGACUACGUAACCUUCAAGUCUUUAUCAUCCGACGGCAUCGUGUUGUCAAAUCAGUUUAUGCUCCGGUUAGCUAUCUGCCGAUGGAAAUUUGGUACCUAGACAAGCUGAGGCACAUUCAAUGCACAGGAUACGACCUUCCGGAUCCUUCUUCCAUUGGGCUAGAUGGUUCGUUUCUCCUCGAAAACCUUGUCACGCUUUCGGGCGUGAGCGCCUAUAGUUGCAUGCGUGGAGUGCUUGCUAGGAUGCCCAAGCUGGCAAAAGUUGGAAUAAGAAUCGAGCCGCCACCCGGCACGUCUGAGAUCUUCAAUCCUUUCGGUGAUUUUGCACAUCUUUAUGAUGAGUUUGAGUCGUUCAAAUGUGUUUUCGUGAGACCUGGUCUUGCAUCUCAUGUCAUUCCCUUGGUAACUCCAUCUUUCCCUAUUAAUAUUAGCAAAUUAACUUUGAGUGGAUGCGGAUUUCCGUGGGAGUAUAUGAGCAUGAUUGCUCGACUGCCUAAUCUUCAAGUGCUUAAACUGCGGUGCUAUGCUUUCUGUGGCCCUGUGUGCGUCUUAAACGAGUCGGGUUUCUCAAGGCUACGAUUUUUGCUGCUGGAAGACUUGGAUAUCAAGUGCUUGGUAGGCGAUCGGUAUGGAUGCCUUCCCGCACUCGAGUGCCUUAUUAUUAGGCACUGCUACAAACUGGAGGACAUCAAUUUGGAUGAAAAAGUGCCGCAAGAAAUGUUGGAGGUGCAGGGUUGCAGCACAACAACCGAGGCUUGGGCUCGAAAAUUAUUAGGAAACAGAAGUGAAUGUAGAGUUCACAUCCACUCCUCAAGGAAUGAUGAUAGCAAGCAUAAAUCGUGACGUUUGGUUUUUCACAUGGCAUCUGAGGUUUCAGUGUUUUACAUUUUUCGAUUUUAAUUCGUGAUUUGCAGUUGGUUGUUUGGUGUAAGAUAUCUGUGUAGUUCAAAGAAUUUCUAUGCAAAUAAUGAGGAAGAGUAUUACAUGGGCAUUGCCAUGCACCAAAUUCAGCCCAGGGGAACUCUUACACAACAGAACACAAGAAACUGAUACAACGAGACAGCCAUUUUGCUUGUACGGUGCAAGUUCAUCACCUCAAGUCUUGGAAACUAAAUCCGUGUGCUCGAUCAGCAGGAAAUGCAGCAGAGGAAAACCAGCCUCGACAACUUUCCAGCAUGGCCCCACAAAUGCAUUGUCCUUCAGCUUAAGCACCUCAAGAUUCUUGAGAAGCCCCAAUACUGACAUUUUCUCCCAACCGAGUAAUGUAGCAGAUAGUGUCAGAAUCCUCAGCCUCGGAGGGAACUUUCCAGGUGGAGGGAGGCAUGGCAGCUGGCCUUCAGAAGGCGAAAUAGAGUGGAUGUCGUUAAUUAGCUUCAGAUUAUCGAGCUCCCUCAGCCUCCCUAAACUAUCAAAAUCGAGAUGCGUGGCUAAUUUCCCUCUAAUGCCCAGUUUUUUCAAGCUAGAUGUCCUCUCAAACAAGUCGACAGUGCAAUUUUCCGGAGAUAGGUUGGCAAGCGUCUGGAGAUUGUUGCCUUCACUAUGUGAGGGUACCUUAAGCAAAAAAAAUGGAUGCAUUGGUCUUCACGUGCCUCAACUCGUUCAUCUUCCAUAUAUCGGCUUUGACCAGCAGACUGCAGACGACGUCUGGAUGACCAGAGUCUGUGUAUUGAUCAACUUGGUGACGGCUUCCGGAAGGACCUUGAAAUCACUAGAUAGGGCAACGUACUUCAAAUGUACGAGCAGAGUCAGGCCAAGGGGGAAUAUUCUGAAGACGAGGGGCAUGAUGUGUAAAAUCCUCACUAGCUUGAAGGCUGCGGGGACUUUUGGGAUGUCCUCUGUCUGCAAGGCAAAUUCUUCCGUGGAGAAAGACAGGAAAGAACGUGCGUUUGGUAAAUAA